AAGAAGAAGAAGAAGAAGAAGAAGAAAGCAGUGGCCGCGAUUGGCUCACGUGCUGUCCGUCAGCAUGUUCUUCACGUCGUACGUCAGCGCGAGCUGUCCGGGUGAACACGUGAAAUAUACGAGCACACCAAAACGAGCAACAGUAGGUUUAUUAUUCAGCAAACAUUGAAUUUGACGCAAUCUUGUCAUAGGACUGUGAUUUAGUUCAAAAUAAUAUCGCGAAUAAGAAGCCGAGCUGGAGCGGAAAGAGCUCGUGAUCAAACUUUAACAGGACUGUAAUGAAUAAAUUCAAUUAAUAAAUAAACUGAUGAUGGACAAUCCUGAGGAAGAUUCACUGCACCUGCACCAAGAUGAAGAAAUCAUCGAGGUUAUUGAUCUCAAUGAUACAGAACAGACCGCAGAGGAUCUGGCGGAGGAGCUGGAGGAUGUAGAUUUUGCAGAUGCUGGAGAUGCGGAUGAUGACGGAUGGGAGACGGAGGAUGAGAUGGAGUCUGAGCAGGACGACAGUGAACUCACGUUCUCCAAACACACGGGUUCUGUCUUUUGCGUUAGUUUGGACCCAGUGACCAACAGUCUGGCUGUUACUGGUGGAGAGGACGACCGGGCGUUCGUGUGGAGCGUGACUGAUGGAGACGUGCUGUUUGAAUGCACUGGUCACAAGGAUUCUGUCACGUGUGCUGCGUUCAGCUGUGACUCAAAGCUGGUGGUGUCUGGCGAUAUGAGCGGCCUCAUUAAAGUCUGGAAAGUGGAGAAGAAGGAAGAAAUCUGGUCUUUUGAAGUUGGAGACCUGGAAUGGUUGGAGUGGCACCCCUGCGCUCCGGUGCUCCUGGCCGGCACAGCUGAUGGGAACGUCUGGAUGUGGAAGAUCCCGAGCGGAGAGUGCAAAACGUUUCAAGGGCCAAACUGCCAGGCAACCAGUGGAAAGAUCCUUCCAGAUGGAAAGAGAGUAAUUGUGGGCUACGAGGAUGGAAGUUUACGUCUGUGGGACUUAAAACAAGGCAACGCCAUCUAUGUUAUCAAAGGUCAUGACGGGCACCGGGGUCCUCUGACAUCACUGGCGUGUAAUAAAGACGGAACGCUGGUUCUGACCGGAUCAGUGGACGGUCAGGCUAAACUCAUCAACACAUCUACAGGAAAGGUGUUAUGUUCAUUUUCCAGUGAAAACAGUGAAGCAAAAGACUCGAUGCAGGAGCAGGAUUCCAACUCUGUAGAAUCUGUGGGAUUUUGUAAUGUGUUGCCUCUAGUCGCUGUUGCAUAUCUGGAUGGCACGCUGGCCAUUUAUGAUAUGAAUUCACAGAGCCUCAGACAUCGGUGUAAACAUGAGGUUGGUAUAGUCCACCUGCAGUGGGAAGAGGCGUCUGCCGUGGUUUCCACCUGUAAUCUGGCUGGUGCCGUCACUCUGUGGGACGCUAGAUCGGGAAUCGUGAUGUCAGAGUAUCGCGGACACUCUGCUGAGAUCCUCGACUUUAUGUUGAACAGAGAGGCGUCAGUUGCCGUCACUGCCGGAGGAGACCAUAAAGCCAAAGUCUUCUGCCUGCAGAGGCCCGACCGGUAGGACCGAUGGACCUUCAUCCUCCGACCGCCGGGAACUGUAAAAACCUCAAUGAGACGCAGUCGACUUUAAACAGAAACUUUAUAAAGUUUUAAUAGAGCUGUGCUAUUCUUUUAUGUCAUUCUUGUCAUGACUGUAAAUCUGACACGCUGUUUGUUCUCAUCUUUUGCUUAUGCUACAUACAGGUAUAGUUGGGACAUUCACUUUAUGGCCAAAAAUGUGACUAUUACAGUCAUUUCUGUGAGAACAAAUAUUAAUACUGUACCAUACAGUGACAUUGUUGAGAAAUUUGUGCUACCGAGUUUGUGGAGGAUCUUCUUCUGCUCCAGCAUGACAGUGACCCUGUGCACAAGGAAAGGACCAUAAAGAAAGGGUUCAUUGACUGUAGUGGAGUUUAAUGUGACUGAUCUGCAGGCCAGACCUGAACGCCACCGAACACCUGAAUUGCCAUGUCGACUGCGAGAGCCUCCAUCACCCAACAUCUGUGUCUGAUGCACUGCUGCUCUCGUGUCUUCUUGAACAUUUUGAUCAUUCUUCCACACUCAGUAAAGCUUAUCUGUGGGGACGUCUCUUUCUGCACAAGGUCGCUGUCACGCUGGAGCAGAAGAAGAUCCUCCUAAAACUGCUGCAACAAAAUUAAAAACAACUCUCUAGAAUCUCACUGUAUGGUGUAGCAUUAAUAUUAGUCCUCACAGAAAUGACUGAAAUUUCCAAACCCAUUAAUUAGAAGGGCAUGUCCACAUUCGUUUGACCAUACAGUGUUGUAUAAAAUUCACUUUUGGCAUAAUCGUUACUGUAAAAAUGCACAUUUACUCGUAGGCUCAGAUUUCUAGCCUGACGGGCAUAUUAAAGCUGCUGUUGUGUGUCUGUUUGCUCGUUCAGAAAAGGGUUUUCCUCAUUCUUCUCCCGCCACGCUGUGAAUCAUUAGCAGUGACACAAAUUUGAAUCUGCCUGUGGACGAAGAAGGUGGUAGAAGUUUAUUGCAGAUUGGAUUUGCCAUACAUUCUGCUGUAAUUAUUCAAUAUCAUGUUGAAACAACCUAAUUUGUUCCCUUUGUAACAAGUUACCUGCAGUGCUUUAAUAUGCAAAGAAAUGUGAUGGGUGAAUAAACACACAAGUGAUGUUAAACCA